AUCGGAGCCAUUCCCUAUCUCACUCUAGACCAAUUAGCAUUAAGAGGGUAAAGUAUCAGGAAGCCACAACAUUUAUACAACUCAGUUACUGAGAUCAAUCUACUGAAGUGAAGUUAAGCAAAAAGCUCCAUCUCCAGUGAACAUGGCCAAACCACUGUCUAUGGACAAACCAGAAUGCUUCAUUGACACAGAGUCAGGUGGGAAGCUGUAUGUCAAGGAGUCAGCGCUGCAGAUCCUGCAGAAGAUCGAGCAGCCAGUGGUGGUGGUGGCUGUGGUGGGACUCUACCGCACCGGGAAGUCCUACCUGAUGAACCGCCUCGCAGGAAAACAAACAGGGUUUGCAUUGGGCAGCACAAUUGAGUCUAAGACAAAGGGCAUCUGGAUGUGGUGUGUGCCCCACCCCACUAAAGCAGGGACCACUCUGGUGCUGCUGGACACUGAGGGACUCGGAGAUGUGGACAAGGGGGACUCAAAGCAUGACAGCAACAUCUUCUGUCUGGCUGUGUUACUGAGCAGCACUCUGGUCUACAACAGUCGAGGGACGAUUGACAACAGGGCUGUAGAGGAGCUACAAUAUGUCACUGAACUAACAGAGUGCAUCAAGGUCAAAUCAUCAAAUAAUGAAGCUGAUGAUUCGGGCGAGUUUGUGAAGUUCUUCCCUAGUUUCAUCUGGGCUGUGAGGGACUUCACACUGGAGCGAAAGAUUUAUGGCAAUGAUGCAACAGAGGAUGAGUACCUAGAGUUUGCUCUGAAACUGAAAGUUGGCACUUCAAAAAAAGUGAUGGAGUACAACCUGCCCAGGGAGUGCAUCCAAAACUACUUCCCCUCCAGAAAGUGCUUCACUUUCCCGUUUCCAACUGCCCCAGAGAAUGUGUCACGUCUUGAAAAGUUGGAUUCUGCUGACAUUUCCUCUGACUUCCUGGAGGUCACAGAAAAUUUCUGCAAGUAUGCCUUUGAGAAGAGUGAAGUGAAAAAGCUGAAAGAUGGAAUCAUAGUAUCUGGCAGAGUUCUGGGUCAUCUGGCAAAAAAUUAUGUGGACACCAUCUCCAGUGGAGUUGUGCCAUGUCUGGAGAACGCUGUGAUCGCCAUGGCAAAGAUUGAAAAUGAGGCUGCAGUGAAGGACGGGCUUGAAAUUUACCAGAGUGGAAUGGAGAAGCUGAAGGACACCUUCCCGCUAGAACUGAAGAAUGUGUCCUCAGAACACCAACAUCUCAGCAGCACAGCGACACAAACCUUCAUGAAGCGUUCAUUCAGGGACAAUGAUGGGGGAUACCUGAAAACUCUAGAGGAAAAAAUUAAUAAACUCUUUGAUGAAUAUUUGCGUCAAAACGAGGAGGCUUCAAAGAGACAAUGUGAGGAUCUCCUGUCAGUCCUCUCUGGACCAAUGACAGAAAAACUCAAGCAGGGCUUUUAUGCCAAACCUGGUGGCUAUGAUCUCUUCUGUAAGGAUCUGGAGGACAUUGUGAAGAAUUACAACAGUCAGGCUAAUAAAGAAGUCAAGGCUGAAGAGGUCCUAGAGGAGUUUCUGAAGCAGAAAUCUGUGGAUUCUAAAGCCAUUCUGCAUGCAGACAAAAAACUGACUGAGAAGGAAAAAAAGAUUAAGGAGGAAACAGAGAAAGCAGUCCUCCUGGAGCAGGAAAUCAAAGUUAAAGAAGAGAAGCAGCGACAGCUAGAAGAGAAGAUGGAAGCAGAGAGAAAGAGUAAUGAAGAGAGGAUGAGGCAGAUGAAGGAGAAGAUGGAUGAGGAGAUAAAACUUCAGAGAGAGGAGGCUGAGCGUGCCAUGGACAGUAAACUGAGGGAGCAGGCUGCUCUGUUGGAGAAGGGAUUUAAGGAGAAGGCAGACAGGAUGAAAGAGGAGAUGGAGGAGUUUAAGAGGCAGAAUGCUGAAGCUGAGAGUAAUAGAGCUAGAGAGUUUGCAGAGAUGUUAGAGAAUUCCAACAGGAGACACGAGGAAUCAAUGGCUGUGAUGAUGCAGCAACACAGAGAACAGAUGGAGGCCAUAGAGCAGACGAAUUGUCGCUCUUCAGACGGAUGUUGCGUCUUGUGAAAUGUAUCAAUUCUGUGAUCUCCAAACUCAGGCAUUUAAUUGCACAAUGCAAUUUCAAUAUACAGUCAUGUGAAAAAGAAAGGACACCCUAUUGAAUUACAUGGUUUUUCAUAUUAGGACAUAAUAAAAAAUCACCUGGUCCUUGGCAGGUCUCAAAAUUUGGAAAAUAAAACCUCAGAUGAACAACAA